AUGGACAAAUGGAUAGAAGUUUGUAAUGUUCUUUCCCAGGAAUCAGAUUCAGAUAGUCUAAUACAACUUUUUGCCUUCCUUCUUUGGCAAAUAUGGAAAGAUAGGAAUGCUUUCACAUUCAAUCAUAUAUCUAAAUCAGCUGAAGAGUCUGUUAGCUUGGCAAUCAGAAAUCGAGACGAUUUUAGAGAAGCCACCUCCAACCCUCCACUCCCCUCGCAUCAAUCAGAAAUGGAUCAACAACUGUUAGUUCAUCAAUCUCAACUCUCUUGGCAACCCCCUCAUCUCGGUUUUGUAAAGCUUAACUUCGAUGCAGCUUGGGAUAAGAAUUCGAAUUCAGGAGCCACCGCAGUUAUUGUUCGUAAUCCUUUUGGAAGUGUUAUUGACUGGUUUUUUGAGUGA